UGCAGGUGGUUAGAACCGGGCAGACGGUUGCAAAAGGUACACUCUCUAGUUUCCUUUCAAGAGAACUGUUUUCAAGAGAACUUCAGUCAGCUUAAAAGAAGCAUGUACAGUACGUUAGGAUUUUUUUGCUCAAAGAAGACUUUCAUUCACCCUGAACAGAGCUCAGCGAUGUUCAGUUGACAGAGGAAUUAAAAGAGAAGACAGUGGCAAUAAAAAUGGAAAACAUACAAGAAGAGGCAGAGAGUGCCACCACAUCAGAAAUCCGGGUCAUACUCAUCGGCGGGAGAUGGGCUGGGAAGAGUUCGUCUGCCAACACCAUCCUGGGGAAGGCCAGGUUUGAGUGUGGCAGAACCAGAACAACUGGGGCAGAAGUUCGGCACGAAGUGGUGGAGGGAAGGAAGCUGAGUGUGGUUGAUACUCCUGGAUGGAGAGGCUCCCUGUCCAUCGCCGAGAUUCCAGAGGGGGAAAAACUACGGUUUAAACUUCAUGCAUCCAAGUGUCUGCCUGGCCCAAAUGUUUUCCUGAUUGUUAUUCCCAUUGAUUCAGCUUUCUCUGGGGAGCUGAGGGCUACUGUCGAGGAGCAGAUGAAGCUUCUGGGGGACCGGGCUUGGCAAUUCACCAUGCUGCUCUUCACCUAUGGGGAUUUCCUAGGGGUCAAGACGAUAGAGCAGCACAUUGAGAGCGAAGGAGAGGCACUCAAAUGGGUUGUAGAGAGAUGUGAGAACAGGUACCAUGUGUUCAACAACAAGGACAAAGGUAACUCGUCCCAGGUCUCUCAACUGCUGGAGAAGAUUGAUGAGAUGGUUUGGAACAACAACAGCAGUUACUACAGAGUAGAUCGGCAUACUUUAAAAAUCAUCACAGAAAAGCAACAAGUGGUAGCCGAAAGGGCCAAAGAGAGACAGAAAAAGGCAGAGGAGCAAAGACGACACAUGGCAACGCAGAUUCCAGCAGACAUGAAGCCCAUCACAAAUCUGCAGAUGAUUCUCUUGGGUAGCCGAAGUGUUGGGAAAACUUCCGUUGGGAACACCAUCCUAGGUUUUGAGGGACAAAAAAGUGGCAAACGAACGGAGCAGUCAGUGGUUCAGAAGGGUUUUGUUGGGAAAACUGAAGUAAAGGUUGUUGACACUCCAGGAUGGUGGAAAGGCUUCCCUGAGUCAGAGACCCCACAAGUAAUCAAAGACGAAGUGAUGCGCAGCAUGUUCCUGUGCCCACCUGGGCCCCACGUCUUCCUGCUGGUGAUCGAUGCAGACGCAUGUUUCAAUGCCAAACACUUGGAUGCUGUGACAACACACAUGGAACUCCUUGGAGAAGGAGUGUGGAAACACACAAUUAUAGUUUUCACCAGAGGAGACUGGCUGGGAACACACACCAUUGAGGAGUACAUUGAAGGCGAGGGGCACGCCUUGCAGUCUCUGGUUGAAAAAUGUGGAAACAGAUAUCAUGUCCUGGCAGACACAACUGUAAAUGAGGGUUCACAAGUCACAGAGCUGCUGGAGAAAAUCACUGAGAUUGUGGCUGUAAAUGGUUGGGAUCAUUUUGUUCCAGAUGAGCAGAUAUUUGAGACCAUUGAAGAGAGACAAAGAAAAGUGGAGCAAGGAGCGAUGAUGAGGCAAAGUCAAGUCGAAGCCAAAAGGAGAUCACUCAAAGGGUUCAGAAAGAAGUUAGAAGAACUGAGGAUUGUGAUGCUUGGACAGAAGAUGUUUGGAAAGAGUCUAACAGGAAAUGUCACACUAUGUAAAAAAGUGUUUUCCACCAGUGAGCAUUGCAGAGUAGAAGUGGGGCAGGUUGCAGGCCGACUGGUCACUGUGAUUGACACUCCAGGUUGGUGGAAAGACUCCUCCUACUGCACCGAACAAACAGACAGAGAAAUUGUCCAGGGUCUGUCACUGAGCCCGUUAGGGGUGCAUGCUGUUCUGCUGGUUGUUCCAUUGGACCUGACUUUCGGAGAAACACAGCGAGUCGCUCUGGAAGAACACGUUAACCUUUUUGAUGACAAAGUCUGGAAACACACAAUGGUUCUGUUCACACAUGGGGACAAACUAGCAGAAAAGUCUGUAGAAGAGCACAUUGAGAGGAACCAUCCUGCUCUGUGCUGGUUGGUGGAAAAAUGUGACAACAAGUACCACACCAUGAACAACAUGAAGAUGUCUGAUAUGAAUCAAAUUACAGAGUUGUUUGAGAAGAUAGAAGAAAUGGUGACAGGAAACAGAGGACAGGUCUUCUGCCCCGACAUGACCACUACCAACCUGAGAAUGUAUGAGAAGAUCAGAAGAAGGCAGCUGAAGCAUGUCCUGAAGCACCGACUGGAAGAGGAGUACAGGAGGAGAGAGGUGGAGCUGAUGAGGGACUUUAGGGAAACACUAGUGGACCUGCAAACUGACAUCGGUCAAAGGGUAACAAGCACUAAACCAAAAUCCAUAGGCGAGUAUUAUGGAGAGCUUGAAAUUAAGAAGGAAGUUCAAAGGCUGGACAAAGAGAUAAUGAAAUCCUCAAACUAUCUCAGCGGCAGCAUGGAAGAUUUGAGGCCUGACUUGACAGAAGAAACUCCAGGACCAGCCAUCACUGCGUCAGAUCAGAUGAAAUCAACCAGCAAUUUUGUCCAAGUUGUAAAUUGGCUGUCUAACCUGAGCUGACCCUCAGAUUCUCUGAGACGUCAGGUCAUGGAUCAGACAUUCUGGACUAAAUGCUUGUUUGUGAAUGAGCGCUCUUCAAAUGAAUAGCUUUGUAAUGGAACUACUAAUUUGGUCCCACAACUGAUCCCUGAGGUAUACCAAAGAUGGAAAAAUGUUUUUUAUAUGAUGCAAACUUUUCUGUCUCAGUAAUAAUAUAACUUGACCAAAUACCCAUCACACAGAGACUGCAUAAAAUCCUGUGAUUGAAGAGAUUAAAGGCUGCUGUAAACAGUGAAAAAUGUGCUACCAUCACUGGUCAAAUUAGGUCAUUUCUAGCACACUGCAAUGGUAUUGACACAUGUUCAUGUGAAAAAGACUGUAUCACCACUUAGUUUUAAAAUAAUUGUUCCAAACCCGGUCUAGAAAAUAGGUAACUACAACCUCAAGUUAAUACAUUAUUCUAUUUAAUUCCUUUGCAAAAAAAACCCCAACAAAAAUCUAAAUUGUGAAAAACUAAGAAUACCCUUAGUUUUUCUAUAAAUGCCUAGUGGGAAAAAAAACAGAUGUUGCUCAUCAAAUAGAGUUAUUUAAUUAAUCAUCAGCAUGUGUGACCAGCUCAAUAAACACAGAAGUGUUAGGAAUAUAGCACUCCGGAGCAUUUAGGUGUGUUACACAAUGCUGAGGAGGAAAGACAUCAGCAGUGAUCUGAGACAAACAUUUCUUGAUGCCCAUCAAUCUGUGAAGGGUAAUCAAAGUAAUUUCUAAUGCUUUCGUUGUCCAAAGUUUUCCAAAGGUCAGACCAUGUAAUGCACAGAGCAAUGGCCAAAACAAUCACUGUAUCUCAGACUCUGCAGACUUCAGUUAGAAUGGCUGUAUUAGUUUGGAAAGGUUGCAAGGGGAAAGCCCCCUCCCUUUAAAAGGAACUUGGCACAUAGCUUGAGUUUAUUAGGUUGUAUUUGAAUGGAUUUCAAGAUUUUGGGAUGCCCAUUGCACAAAUGUGUCAAGGUGGAGAUUUGAGGCUGUAAUGUAGAGCUCCAUAUUUGUUAAAAACCGAACACAUAUUGUCAGCAGAAUUGCUGUAAAAUACAUGGGUGGAGGUGUCAUAAUUUAUUUAUUUCGAAUUAUACUGUGUUAAUAAAUCUAUAAUAACAUUAAAAUUAUAAUAUUCUAAAAGCCUGGCAGACAAAAGGGGUAUGUCAUGUAAGACAAGAAGCUUUAGCAUUUAUUUCCUAAGGAUUAACAUCAUGACAGUUGUACAAAGAUUGAAAUCAAACUUAAUUGACAUGUAUGUUUUAACAGUGAAUGUCACAUUUACCUUUACAAUUCAUGAUAAGCUUUAAACCUUUUUUUACAUUCUUACAUUGCUUUGGGCAGUAAGGGAUGGGGUAUACUUUAAAUGUAACACUCCAACAGUUAAGCUUUACUAAAUUUACUCAGGGCAGAGGAUGAUGAAGUGAAUAUGGAGACUAUUUUACUUUGAUUCAAUUUCAUGUUUUUUGUAGUUUUAUUUCCCAUUAGGGAGUUAUUAAAUGUGAAGGGAAGAUUAUGUGGAUACUGUUUUGGCUUUAUAUUCAUACAGGCCCUUCAGAUUUUAAGAUAAAAAAAACCCAACCUAUUCAUUUUUACCCUCUAAAGGAAAUAUUAAAUCUUUGUAAUUUCGUGCCCUAAUACAAAUAGAGGUUUUCCAGAAAGAAAAGACUUGACCUUACUACAAAAAUAAUCUUCUGAAGCACAGUGGUAAGAAAAUGGUGGUUGUUUUCUUUGUCACUGGGUUUUUGAGAGAAUUACAAAUACAGUAUAUCAUGUUGGUGUAUCUUCCUUAGAAAACGUCUUUUACCGCUUACUCUUGUAAUUCAAAUUAUUAAUCGACAGUCAUAUAGUAAAAUGUUUGUGUGGUUUAUCAGAUCAUGAAUGUGAUCAAUUGAUUAUUUUGUCAUUAUACUUUCAACAAAGACAGAAUGCUCCACAAAUGCAUUGAGAGAUUGUUGAAAGUGUGGCCUUAAGAAAGCUGUACACAUCUUACAAAUAAAAGCACAUCUGAUCGGUUUCCAAGUGUAUUGUGUUGCACAAUUUAUAAAGAAUGUUAAUGCCACACCUUAAUAAAGCUCUUGUUGUAUUGCAAACAUCCUGUGUGUCAAAUAUCUGAUUUGAAAAUCCUAAUAUCAGGGACACUUUCCAAACAUUAUGCAGGAAUGGUGCACACUGCGUCUGACUGUCGGGUCUGAAAAGAAAAUAUAGAUACAAGCUCAAUUUUGAUUUAAUGCCCAGCAAA